AUGUCGAAAGCCAUUGGGUGGAGUAGGGAGGACUACGAGGCGGCCCAAGUCGUGAAUCUCUCGGACGGAUUGCACCCGGUACACCCGCAACCGAGCCAGCACUACUAUCAGCAUUAUGCCCCCGAGCCGGUAGGUCCGGGCGACGAGAGCUGGAGGUAUCAAGGCUGGCAAAACAACCAAAACUCCCCAACACCUCCGUCAUUAGGGAAGGUAGCGUCACCGUCAUCCAUUGCGCCGCCGCAGGGACCAACUCAUGAGAUUGGGACAUCGGGCACGCAGCCGAGGAUACUCGGGCUCAGGAGGACGACUUUCUUUCUGACAGCCAGCAACAUCCUGCUGGCCAUCGCGUUGGUUGUUUUGGGGGUGGUGCAGAGCCAGGUAUUAAGGAACGAGACGGGAACCGCGACGGGAUCGGGAGCACAGGGGGUGUGUCCCAGCGCCACCAACCCAAGCAGCACCUCCACCGCCACCUCAACCUCCCCACCCACCUGCACGCCCGAACCCAACAAGAUCUGCUUCGCCACCGACCAAUCCAUCACCACCGCCGUAGCCGUGGGCGCCGUGAUCCAAGAAUGCCCGCUCCCCUCCGGACAGGCCAACUACACGGUCCCGGGGACCAAGCUCACCUUCCGGCGGGAGUGCGAGACGGACUACCCUAGCGGCGACCUGGGCAUGUUCCCCGUCAUCUCCAUGGCCGACUGCAUCGCGCUGUGCGCGCAGCUAAACCUGUACCCGGCCUCGGCGCUGGGGCCGUGCACGGGGGUGUCGUGGGUGACGGCAGACGGGCCGCAGGGGACGGGGUUGAGCUUCUGUUAUCCGAAGAGUGGCAUGGGGAAGGCGACGACCAGGGCAAAGACGGAGAGCGCGGUGUUGCUGGGGGUGUAG